AGGAAAACGAAAAGACACACCACACCACACACACCACACCACACACACCAGCCACACACACACGCACACACACACACACGCACACACACACCACUGCCCACCACCACGCAGAAGCACAAGCAAAUAACGCGCAGAUGCAACAACCACCAACCCCCGCCCGCUUCCCACCCCUUGCUUGGCUGCCUGACAAACCAACCACAGCAAGAAACGCAGGGACCAGGCAACGGCGAGACACAAUGCAAAGGCACACGGGCCUGUUGCUUGGGACUCGUCUUCACACAGUCACAAUCUGAAUGGGACGAGCUUGCACGCCAGCAUGUCCGCACGCUUCUGUCAGCUCCGCUCCUCUUCUCGUCAGCGCCAACCAGGUGGACAAGCUUGUGCCUCACUCACAUCCGGAGGUUUCAAACAAGUACUAUCCACCUGCCCUCUGUCAGGGUUGUCGGCAGCCCUUUAUCCCCUGUAUCCCUCUCUGUCAGCUCCAGAUGCAUCGACCGCACCCUUGUUAUGACGAUCUCAAUGCGCACCGUGACUAGCGCGUGCGCUGCCCCGCCACAACACAUAUACUCGACCUACGCCGACCAUGAACACCCACAGCCACCAGGAGACACCCGAAGGUUCUGCUCUUCUUGUCAUAUCCACCACCCAGCCUUCUCCUCCUCGGUGCUCAAACCCUGACAGCACGCGACACACCAUCGCAGCAUUCAUUCCUGCGCCCUGCACACGCCACGCACGACGGAGAACCAAGACACACGCCGCUUCCACCGCGACCACCGUCACCACCACUGUCACCAAGCGUCUCCAUUUUUGUCUGCGCCACCACAUCGUCAACAAGGGCUCUCCACCACGACGCGCCUUCUGCCAAGCAUCCGCACGACGACGACGACACCAGCAGCCAAGAUGGCGUUGACAACCCCGCGCCCUGUCACGGCAUUCACGGGCCUCAUCGCGCUUAGCGCCAUGGUCUUUGCCAUCACCUUUGCCCUCGUCACCCCCGUCACCCCCGUCAUGGGCGCCGCGUGCUCCAGCUACAACAACUCGUACGACUGCGACGUCAGCCCCGACCUGUGCGCGUGGAACUACCACUGCGAUUCCUGCGACCAAAUGCCGUGCGAGUGGGGCUACACGGAGGAAUACUGCCCAGAGUGGUGCGUGUGGGACACGGAGAUUGGCGCCUGCCACCCGCCUGGCGAGUUCCCCAAGUGCUCGCAGAUCCAGUACUCCCAGCCCUCCUGUGAGGCUGCCAGCCCAGAGUGCGUCUGGGACAACGUCUACAGCUUCUGCCUGCCCACCCUCAUCUACUGCCGCUGGCUCGACGACUACACCAGCUGCACCAACGACCCCAAGUGCACCUUCUACGAGGGCGUCUGCUACCCGAGCCACCGCGUGCCCACGUGCAAGGAGAUUGGCAGCCUCGACUUCUGCAUUGCCGCCGGCUGCGAGUGGGAGCCAUCUUCGGGAUGGUGCAUCGACCGGGAAAACGAGGACGACUGGUGCUUCAACAUCGCCUGGAACGAGGUCAUGUGCAACUUCUACCCAGAGUGCACGUGGGACGCGUCGAGCGGCUGUCUUCCCGGCAGCAUUUGCGGCAACCAGAGCAAGAUACUGCUGCCCUUCACCGUCUUCCCCUUCCAGUACAACGCCAGCUACGAGGACUCCAUCCCCGUGCGGCGCGUGCGUCCGACGAUUGGUGGCAUCGGCCUCCCCGACGGCGUCUUCUUCGGCAACAACAUCACGUACGAGUUCACCCGUGGCCUCGUCUUGGAUGGUGGCUGCCUUGGCUGGGCUCCCAGCGCACCUCUCACCUUCACCGAUGGCGCGACCUUCUACAUGAGGGUGCUCCACAAGGACUUUGAGUCAACCACCCCAGAAGUGCUGUUUGACAUUUCUUCCAACGACAACGCCAUCGUCUUGUCCAAGGGGCCCGGCAACACGCUGCAGCUGUUUGCUAGGCAGAACGCCACAAUCACCGCCGUUGGAGCUGUGGCUGACGUCCUCGCCAAUGUGACGGAGAUCAGCCUUGUCGUGUCCGAGGCCCACGUCAUGGUGUACGUUGCCAGCUCCCUCGUCAUUCAUGGCCCUUGGAACGGCGGCAUGAACUACAUGUCUGGCACGUUCCGUGUCGGUUGCAGCGCCACCAACGACAACGUCUGGCGCGGCGACCUCCAGCUCCUGGUCAUCCAGGGCGGCAUCGCUCCCGCCGUGCAGAACAUGACGCAGUACCUGCCACCAGAUCCGCCAAAGGCCACCACGACCGCCAUCCCAACAGAAGAGGUCACCUUCUCCGGCUGGGCAAGCGGCAGUGGCAGCGGCAGCGGUAGCGGCAGCGGUGGCAGCGUGUAGGCGUGCGUGCACCCGCACCCGCGCUGGACUCGAGGAUGUGCCUGCAGGCACGCAGGAUGCAUUGGCCACUUGUGUUUGCCUGCUUGCUUGUGUACUUGAGUCGUUGAUGUUCCUUAAGCUCUGUUCUUCGAGGGUCUUGGUGUCGAUUUGGCUAUGGUUGCAGUCGUUGUGUUUCUUCCGGUCGGUGAUGUUGUGCACUCCUGCUCUCUUGUUUCCUUUCCUCUCGCACAUGCACCUGCACGCGCGCCCGCACGCACACACACACACACGUGUUUUCCCCUCCCCUCCCUCUUGUUUUCAACACAGGCUCUCGAUGUUGGCCAGUGAGCAUUCACACCGCUAUGUGCACGACCACAGUCGCGUGCUGUUGGUGACACUGUGUCUGGCGUGGGCUGUUGUUGUGCUGUGAUUUAGUCUUGUCAUCUCCCUCCCCCCCCCACCUCUUUGCUGUGCAAAGUACAUUUUGUGGUCGUGUGGUCUUUCCGGUUUUUUGGAUCCACAAGUGGACUUCCCCUUGUGCCCACACCACGUGCCAUGUGUCAUGAGACACGUGCCAUGUGUCGUGUGCCGUGUGCUUCUUCCGCUUGUGCUCCGUGACCCCCUCACCGCACUCUUACGUUAGUUCAGGCGCGUUCUUGUUCCUCUUCCCCCCCCCCCUUUGCAGCGUGCGUGCAAGCAGCGAGAUGGUUUUGGUGACGUGUGGUCUUCGCGUUGCGUUGUCCUGUUGUUCUGGCGUGCUCUCGAGUGUUGCGUUGUGCCAACGCUGCCUCGUUUUGUUUUGUCACGCCACGCAACGGGCACACCAACAGUGCCCACCAUCACCUCGCUUCCCCUGUUUUCCUCCUCCCCCUCUUUCCUUUCUAUUCCGCGCUCCCCUCUUCAUGUCUCGUCCGGUGAAUUUGAUGUCUGCUUCCGUUUUUGUCGUCGCACUACCUGCUGACCCAUGUCUCCCUCUUCUCCCCCUCUCCCUCUCUCCUUAUUCUUUUUCCCCUCUUUGCCCUUUGCUUUGACCUAGUUGAUGCAAUGAAAAAACUCGUAACCCGACA